AUGUGGACAAGAUUUCCAAAGCGUUAUUUGAUUGUCAUUCUAACUUUCAUCAGCACAUUCAUUUGCUAUGUAGAAAGAGUGGGAUUCUCAAUUGCUUACACAGCAGCAGCUGAUGCUGCUGGUGUGACCCAAUCAAGCAAAGGCACUAUACUGUCUACAUUCUAUUAUGGCUAUGCCUGUUCACAAGUCCCUGGAGGCUGGGCAGCUCAGAGAAUAGGAGGAAGGUGUGUUCUUCUCCUCUCAUUUGUGACGUGGUCUCUAACUUAUGCCUUUGUCCCGUUAGACCCGAAUCGCGUCACGAUGAUGGUUUUGGCUCGGUUGCUUGUUGGUGUGGCACAAGGCUUCAUGUUCCCUUCAAUCCACUCUGUUCUUGCUCAAUGGGUGCCUCCACAUGAGAGGUCUAGAUCUGUUUCUCUUACAACUUCUGGAAUGUACCUUGGUGCAGCUGCAGGAAUGCUUGUGGUUCCAAGCCUUGUGAAGUUGAGAAGCCCCCAAUUUGUAUUUUUGGCUGAAGCAACUUUAGGUACUAUAUGGUCUGUGGUUUGGUUAAACUAUGCUAGCAACCCACCUCAAUCUGAGCUUCCAAAAGCUACAACAGUUACUGGGUUUGGAGAAGUAUUGUUGCUAAUCAAAGGAGGUCAUGAAAAGAUCAAAGUGGAGGAACGGAACGAACGAAAUUGUAAUAGAACAGAAAGUAUCCCAUGGAAGAUUAUUUUUGGGAGCUUACCAAUUUGGGCUAUUGUAGUGAAUAAUUUCACUUUCCAUUAUGCUUUGUAUGUGAUGAUGAAUUGGCUCCCAACAUACUUUGAACAAGGCCUCCAGCUUAGUCUUCAGGACAUGGGGAGUUACAAGAUGGUGCCUUAUCUUAACAUGUUCAUAUUCUCAAACAUUGGUGGAGUGAUUGCUGAUCACUUGAUCACAAAGAGGCUCUUCACGGAUACGGAUACGGUGAUACGACACGACACGACACGGGGAUACGGCAAAUUUUCAAAAAUUAGGAUACGAUAUGUCGUGGAUACGGCUAUUAUAAAUAUAUAUUAA